AUGGCGUACAGACGUGUUUUUGCAGUCGUGCUUCAAUUGACUUUUAUCAGUGUUUUACUUGGCCAAUUUACUUCAAUUACACCUGAAUUCGAUCGCUCUACAGUCAGAUUCUUCAUUGGGAAGGAAAUAUCUGCUGCACCUACGCUCGACUGUAAGUCAAAGCCUUCGAAAUGCACACCUUGCGAUUUGAAUUUGAAGCUACAGGCGUUGUUGCGGUUCGUCAAGCUUGGCCAAUUUUGUCUGUGUAUUCUUCUAUCUGGCGAUAUUGCUGUCAAUCCAGGACCUAAUAACCUUCAACCUCCUGCAGGCUUCAGAGGCUUAUCAGUCUGCCACUGGAACAUCCAAAGACUGACUGACACCAAAUUGGAAGAAAUAUCUCUAAUGCUCACCUCGAACAACAACAAUGCCACUAAACUCGACGUCUUAAUUCUCACUGAGACGUUCGGAUCUAGUAAAAUUCCAGACAGCUAUUACAUGAUACCCGGCUACACAUUACACAGAAAAGAUCGAAUCGGGAAGAAAGGUGGCGGCAUAAUUGCGUAUGUAAAUGAAAAAGUUAUGGCUUCACGUCGAAGAGAUUUGGAACUGGAUGAUCUUGAAACUCUCUGGCUUCAAAUUUGUCCUCAUAAAUCAAAGAGACCGAUUUUGAUAUCUGGUGUUUACCGUCCACCUUCAGCCAACAAAGAUUAUAAUGAGAGUUUGGGUAAAAAUAUUGAAAAUGCCCAUCUCCAAAACAAUGAAUUGAUUAUUCUGGGAGACUUCAAUUUAGAUUAUAUUGAUUUCAACUGUUAUUCAAAACAUUGUCUCGCAAAGGCACUGAACAGUCUUGGAUUAACGCAGAUGGUAAAUAGAGUAACAAGACCUGCCUCUGAUGCGUGCUUAGACCAUAUUUAUUCUAGUCAUCCUGCUAGAAUUAGAGAAGUAGCCAUAGGUAAAUCUGGACUUUCCGAUCACCUGCCGGUCACUAUCUUGAGGUGCUACAAAACCAUGGAUGCACAACGUAAACAACAUUCCAAAAUCAAAUACAGAAAUAUCGACAAAAUCAACAAAGAGUGCUUUCUGCGAGACUUAAGAGAAGCCCCUUGGGAUAUCUCCUUUGUUUUUCAAGAUGCCGAUAGCAUUGUUGAAUCUUGGUACAAAAUCUUUAAUGACAUUCUUGAUAAUCACGCACCUUUAAAGUUCAAGAGUGUGAAGAAAAUCAAUCAGCCGAAAUGGUUCACUAAUGAUCUAUACAACGAAAUAAAUAAACGCGAUAAUCUUCUAAAAAGGGCCAGGAGAACACAAAAUGAACACGACUGGUCUGCUUUUAAACUGAUUAAAAACAAAGUGACGAGGAAACUAAGAAAUGCGAAGGAACAGUACUUUAAAUCUCAGUUCAGUAAAAAUCAAAAAUGUCCAAAGAAACUUUGGUCUUUAAUUAAAGACCUAUCUAAAGAUACAAGGAAUAAUGACGACUCCGUUCCUAUUGCUGACGAAAACAACAACCUGAUAAAGGAUGACCAUUCAAUCGCUGAACGCUUUAACCGCUUCUUCGCUGAUGUAUAUAAACGUCUCAUAAAGGCGGCUCCUGUACUUCAUUAUGAUGCUCUUCCUGGUCCUCCAGACAAAUCUAACAGUCAAAUUGAGAAUCUUAUUCCGCAAAUAACUCCUAGUGAGGUUAACGAUUAUCUUCUAAGUAUACCUACACACAAAGCCACGGGAAUUGAUGGGCUUGGUGCCAGAGUUCUAAGGAUUGCAGCUCCUAAAAUAUCAUGCUCCAUAGCUAAAAUUAUAAAUCACUGUAUUGAAACUUGUACAUUUCCCUCACAAUGGAAAAUAGCAAAGUCUUUGAAAGACACAUCCUCAAUGCAAUGA